AUGUCUCGACGUACGCAAAAAGCGCCAGCCGCCCCAAUGACACCCAGGCUGAGUUCUCGUAGAGCCCUAGUUACCAAGUUUGAAGAGGAAUGCUCUCGGUUCAAGGUGGGUCUCAAUAUCCAAGUUGCCCGGUUGGAAAAAUUUGAUGGUGUUGCCGUCGUUACUGGCGAUCAUCUCACUCAGCUUUCUGAGCAGGCUCGUCUAAUCAACGGGCUUUCUUUGCAAAUCGCAGAUGCCUUUCAAAGCACCUCAACUAUCCGAGGCAAACCUCAUGUCCACUACAGAGACCUUGUUACUAGCCAGUGCAGGGCUCUCUUGGGGAUCCUACCGGAACUAGGUGCAAUCCUCCGUGAAUACAGCCUUCGGGAUGCCCGUCGAGUUUCUGACCGUCUAAAGACUUACCUCCAGAACUUAUGCUUUUAG